AGCCCCGAGGAUCCAGCAAACAUGGCGGAGCUGGAAUCAGCGCCUGAACAUGAGAGGAUCCUGCGGGAGAUCGAGAGCACCGAGUCCGCCUGUAUAGGGCCCACCCUGAGAUCUGUAUACGAUGGAGAAGAGCACAGCACGUUCAUGGAGAAGCUGGAAGUUCGAAUCCGCAACCAUGACCGUGAGAUCGAGAAGAUGUGUAAUUUUCACUACCAGGGAUUCGUGGACUCCAUCACAGAGCUGCUGAAAGUGAGAGGCGAGGCGGAAAAACUGAAGAACCAAGUAACGGACACUAACAGACGACUGCAGGUGGACGGAGCCGAGUUAUUGUCCACAAUGAAAGAUCUUCAGCAGUGUCGGGUUCAGCAGAGGAACAUCGCUGCCACAGUGGACACGCUCAACCUAUGUCUACCUGUUUUGGAAAUGUAUAGCAAGUUACAGGUGCAGAUGAAGACUAAAAGACAUUACCCUGCACUGAAGACUUUGGAACAGCUGGAACACACCUACCUGCCUCAGGUUAGUCACUACCGUUUCUGCCACAUCAUGGUGGACAACAUCCCGAAACUCCGCGAGGAGAUCAAAGAGGUGUCCAUGUCAGACCUGAAGGACUUCCUGGAAAGCAUCCGCAAGCACUCCGAGAGGAUUGGAGAGUUCGCCAUGAAGCAGGCUCAGCAACAGAGAAGUAUGGACAACAUGCUGUCCGGGCAGUCCAGAGGAGGCCUGGGGAAGAGGUAUAAGAGAGACCUGUGCCCCAGCCCAGAGGUGAACGGCACCAGCCCCAUGUCAGAACAGGACUCCGGGAUCCUGGAUGUGGAGGAUGAAGAUGAGGAAGAAGAGGCACCGGGCACAAAGGACCUGGUAGACUUCUCCCCGGUAUAUCGCUGCCUACAUAUCUACACUGUGCUGGGUUCCAGAGAGGUCUUCGAGAACUAUUACCGGAAACAGAGGAGAAAGCAAGCCAGACUUGUACUCCAGCCACCGUCCAACAUGCAUGAGACUUUGGAAGGAUAUCGGAAAUACUUCUAUCAAAUAGUGGGAUUCUUUGUGGUAGAAGAUCACAUCCUACAUACGACAGUUGGAUUGGUGAAUCGGGCGUACAUCGAUGAGCUGUGGGAUUUGGCGCUGUCGAAGACCAUGGCGGCGCUACGAACACAUUCGUCAUAUUGUUCCGAUCCUAACCUUGUUCUGGACCUGAAGAAUCUCAUUGUGCAUUUUGCUGACACAUUGCAGGGUUAUGGCUUCCCGGUGAACCAUCUGUUUGACAUGUUGCUGGAGGUCAGAGAUCAGUACAGUGAGAUCUUACUGAAGAAGUGGGCCCUGGUGUUCAGGAACAUACUGGAUGCAGAUAACUACAGCCCCAUCCCCGUGAGUGAUGAGGCGGAAUAUAGGAAGAUAUUGGGUCAGUUCCCCGUCCAGGACCCGGAGUUAGAGAAGCAACCCUUCCCGAGAAAAUUCCCCUUUUCCGAAUUUGUGCCAAAAAUCUACAGUCAAAUCAAGGAAUUUAUAUACGCCUGCCUGAAGUUCUCCGAGGACUUACAUUUAAGCUCUACGGAAGUGGACGACAUGAUCAGAAAAUCCACAAAUUUACUACUGACUCGAACACUCAGCAACUGCCUUCAGAAUGUCAUCAAGAGAAAGAAUGUUGGCCUUACGGAGCUUGUACAGAUUAUCAUCAACACCACCCAUCUGGAAAUCUCCUGCAAGUUCCUGGAAGAGUUUAUCACUAAUAUUACCAAUGUCCUGCCAGAGACUGUACACACCACCAAGCUGUAUGGUCUGACUACCUUCAAGGAUGCCCGGCAAGCUGCAGAAGAAGAGAUUUACACCAACCUGAACCAGAAAAUUGACCAGUUCCUUCAACUGGCUGACUACAACUGGAUGACCCUAGAAUCCAGUGAGAGGGCCAGUGAUUAUCUGGUGGACCUUGUUGCUUUCCUCAACAACACAUUUGCAGUGUUCACCCACCUGCCUGGUAAAGUGGCGCAGACUGCGUGCAUGUCGGCCUGCAAACACCUCUCCACGUCUCUGACGCAGUUACUCCUGGAGGCAGAAGUCAAGCAGAUCACUAUGGGGGCCUUGCAGCAAUUCAACCUGGACGUGAAAGAGUGCGAGAGUUUUGCCAAAUCCGGACCAGUGCCUGGGUUCCAAGGGGACACACUGCAAUUGGCCUUCAUCGACUUAAGACAAUUGCUGGAUCUUUUUAUCAAAUGGGACUGGUCAACCUACUUGGCCGACUAUGGACAACCGAACUGUAAAUAUCUGCGUGUCAACCCAACGACGGCCCUUACUCUGCUGGAGAAAAUACAUCGUGUGAUGAAAGACCCUAGCAGGAAGAACAAUGUCUUCGCUCAGUUCCGGAAGAAUGAGAGAGACAAGCAGAAGCUCAUUGAGACCGUGGCCAAGCAGCUCCGUGGACUGAUCAACAGCAACCAUUCCUGAGGGGCCAGAGCGGACAGUGGCGAGCACUACA